CCGACAAAACGCCACCACACCACACAACAAGCUGCAGCCGCUGCAGCUUGUUGAUUUCAUUAGUUUGAUUUACGGCUUUGCCAAGCGCGUUUUGUUCGAAACUUUAAAAAAUAGACUUAUUUUUUAAUUUGUUUUAUGCUAAACCAGUGCUCUUGAGAUUCAGUGAAAUGGGGGAUGUAUUCAAAUCCCUCCGUGAAAAGUCACAAAAGCGCAAGAAACUGUUGGCCCAAACGUUGGGAGUUUCGAGCGUGGAAGAUUUGAAGCAUGUUCUUGGAACUGCGGAGGACACACCGAUCAAUAAAUCGCAACGCUAUGAUGAUGAAGAAGCCAGUUCUUCCAAAAAGUCUCAAUCUGAGGGAAUGGUCUACCGGGAUUCUUCUACCUUUUUGAAGGGAACGCAAUCAUCAAAUCCCCACAACGAUUACUGUCAACAUUUUGUGGAUACCGGUCAGCGUCCGCAGAAUUUUAUUCGGGACGUCGGUUUGGCUGACCGCUUUGAAGAGUAUCCGAAGCUGCGGGAAUUAAUUCGAUUGAAGGAUGAACUUAUCUCGGAAACUGCCACGCCUCCAAUGUACUUGAGAGCUGAUCUUAAGAGCUUCGAUCUAAAAGCUCUUGGUACAAAGUUUGAUGUAAUUCUUAUCGAACCGCCCCUGGAGGAGUAUGCUCGCGGUGGAGCAGCUGUUGCUGCCGGAGCCCCGCGGAAUUUCUGGUCCUGGGACGAAAUUCUGGCGUUGGACAUUGGUGAAGUGGCAGCGCAUAGAAGUUUUGUAUUUUUAUGGUGCGGUAGUUCCGAAGGAUUGGAUAUGGGUCGAAAUUGUCUUCGUAAGUGGGGCUUCCGUCGCUGUGAGGACAUUUGCUGGAUACGAACCAACAUCGAUUCCCCAGGUCACUCGAAAAUUCUUGAGCCCAAAGCGGUUUUCCAACGCACUAAGGAGCACUGCCUAAUGGGUAUCAAGGGAACAGUUCGGCGCUCCACGGAUGGUGAUUUCAUACAUGCCAAUGUGGAUAUUGAUCUGAUCAUUUCGGAAGAAGCCGAGUUCGGUAGCCUUGAAAAGCCAAUCGAGAUUUUCCACAUCAUCGAGCAUUUCUGUCUGGGACGUCGCCGUUUGCACAUAUUCGGCCGGGAUUCGACCAUCCGUCCCGGAUGGGUAACCAUCGGACCAGAAUUGACAAAUUCGAACUUCAACAGCGAAUUGUAUGCGGGAUCCUUCGAGGAGAAUCCCACGACCGGGUGCACGGAACGGAUCGAAGCAUUGAGACCGAAAAGUCCCCCGGCGAACGGGAAAGUACUACGAGGACGUGGCAGAGGAUUUCCCCGUCUUCGCGGUCGGAGUCGGGUGUGAGACAUUGAUAGACGUACCCUCUCACAUGAAGGUGAGUAUGCAUCUAUUGAAAUUAUAUAUCUAUGUAUUACAAUAGCUUCACUUUCUAUUAUAUUCAAACAAUAUAUAAUUAAUCAUUUAUAAAAGAAA